AUGACUUUGCCCUGGAUUCAACCUGGAAAGAGGCGUGCGAGCGAAGGUGAGCACAACGCGCCUAAAAGAAAGCGAGUCGAACAACGAAACCGUUCGAGCGUGGUCGUGCCCAGUGCAGCACCGCGGGUGAUGAUGGGAACAAGGCCAGAACAGCGUCAACAUCAAUAUAUGCGAAGACACAGAAGAACCAUGGCGGUUGGAAGUUCAGGUAAUGGCUCAAAGGGUUGUGGCUGGCCUAUGGCUACAGACUUUUGUCUCCGAAAGAGAAAUUUCAUCGCUGAUAUAUCGCAGCCCGAAUCCCAGAAUUUCGCCCACCGCGGCCAACUCGUCUCGGCUGCUUCCCUGAAGUCUCCCGUCACAGUAAGAAGAAUAUGCAAAACAUUUUGGUUUCCUUACUUAACAGAAGUGUUAGGCGUGGCGUCGCUUUGCCGAAACCCAGCAAAUGUCCAAGUCGAAACCGAUGCCGGCUACAACCUCGCCAAGAUGUCCGACCUCAAGCCUGACAUGAGCGUUCAGGAGAAGCUAAUUUUAGGACUCCGAACUGGGUUACAACGCAGGGACGAGUACCGAGCCAAGGUUGAACAAGACCCAGCCCGUUUACGACAUGAAUCUCGAAACGAUAUCAUGGCUUUUGGUGGCAUCGAUAUGACCGACCUUGCCCUCGCCUUGCCGAAGUCAUUAAGACAGAAGGAAGUUAUCAACGCUGCUGAAGAUGAGAAACGGCGUUUGGGGUUUCCAUCCAUGGAAGUUACUCUACCAGACAGAAGCCCGGCUUAUGCCAACGAGUGGUGGGACAUGUAUAACGCUUACAUCAGAGCCAGAUCGAUGUUUGUCAAAGGGGCCUCUCUCAGGCUUACGGCAGUAUCACGUCCAUACAACAAGACCGUCCACAGCAUUCCCGGAGUAAUUGCUUGGCGGCGGGCCGAUCAGAUCAUGAAUAUCGAGUGGCAACCCAGCUACCACGGCAUGUCAAUGAACAAGAGCUUCAGCGCCUUUCAAGCCAGGUCUAUGGAAUUGAACGGGUAUCGGAGGCGUUCGAUACAGUACGUACACUUCCAAAGGGAGAACAACGGGCAAAAGUCGUUUCCGGGGGGGGCCCUGGGUACUAAUGCAGGAGACGACGACGAUAACUCGAGUUUCACCACAGAGAGGUUCUUUGAACGUGAUCGGAAACACAAACUAUCAUUGAUAGACUUGGAUAUCACCGAUAUCAACGGAGUGAAACGCAGAUGGGUAUGCAUCGAGAUAACCAAGCCUCUGGCCCAAGUCAACGGCCCAGCUCCGAUCGAACUGACACCAAUGCCACAAUCUUUCAUCAAGAUUGCUAUACCUUGUGACAGCAUCCUAGUAGUGGUGAGCACCAGCAAGCCACUGCCCAUCAUGGAAGAGCAACUGGACAAGAUGGAACCUCCACAGCUUGGUGAUUUUGACAAGCUUACCAUUGGGAGGGUCGAUUCAGGUUUAGAGAAUGUGAAGAUGAGGCUGAAGAUUUCCGGAGACGGCGUGCCAAUCUUCGUGACCGGGUCCAAAAAGGGUCAUAUGCCGGAUGACAGCACACUUGACGACUUUCUCUGCGCAUCGGAUGUGACUGGUCUUCCCUGGAAAGAAACAGACAGACGUGUCAGCAAGAGUGCGUUGUUGCUGAGGAAGGCCGAGUUCUGGGACCGCUUUAAUUUGGCGGCAGACGCCGACAAAGUGCGGUGGGAAUCACUCCAGGACGCCAUGGCGAGCGAUGAGUGCAUCGUAGACAUUACCUUUGAGGGUGAUUGGCAAGAAUUUGCCCCGGUUGCUGGGGCGUCUCAGUCAAGGUGGACGCCUGUGCAGCAUGAGUCGUCGCAAUCUCAACAUAGUAUCAGGCCGCAAGGUCUGAAUAAAGGGCAAAACAGCAGACACCAAGGCAACACGGCUCCUUCUAAAAGUUCUGGGCUUCGCAACGAAGUCCAUUGGUAG